UGCAGGAGUCUACUCUACCUUUCCUGGUGACGAUUUUCCUGGGGCACUACUGCACAAACAGCAGCCGUGUCGAGGAUAGCGCAUUAAUUUAUCGCUGGUCGCCAACCAUCACCGAGCUCGAACGAAGCAAAUCAAAAACCCCAAACACACACACACACAGUGCGAUUAAUUCGCGGUGUAAACGCGUUUUUUUAUCUAAAGGAUUUUCUUCUCUUGAGUGAGUUUAGUGAGUUUCGCGUAGUACCAUAUCAGGACUAUCGACGCACAUCGAAAACACGGUUCAGCAACAAUUUCGCAAUUCCACAGGUGUAGGAAUAUCGUUUGCCCGAGAGAAAAAAAAAUCGGAUCCCCAAGGCUACUCCCCAGCCCCCGACGUUACUCCCGUGGCGCAUGGCACAAAAAUUUGUUCAACAGGAUUUUCCAGUCUAGCAGUUGUUGCUGGUGCGAAAGUUCCACUUUUCAACCCUCGUUAUUGGAGCGGAUCAAGUGUCGAACGCCUGUCCCCCCCCUCCGUUUUUGCUGGUGAAUCGGUAGCGCGAGCAGAAAUUGUGCUAAUAAACCUAAGUACCUAAGUGAAUGUGUACUCCUCGGGCAGGUGUAGUGUACCAUUUAACACCGUCGCUCUGUAGGGUGCAAGGUGAAAAGUUCUUCACAAUCAAGUGAAGUGGUGCGGAAUGCUCACCAUUGUUUGCUUACACGGAGAAACCAAUCACCAACCCUCCGCCCGGUCAGCGAAUACAAAACAAACGCCGUUCGCUCCUUGGAAAGUCUUGGCAAAGGAAAACGUAUCGUUUUCCGUGGAAAAUUGAAGCAAUUUACACUGCAGAAUAAAAAGCACCCUUCUAGUGUACGACGCGCACACAGCGGGCAGGCCCCUCGUCCGGAGCAGUUCUUAUCGGACACAAUCUGCGUCAGUCAAAGUUGUCCCACCGUCGACGCAAUCUUCGGCGUUCAUCUCUCGGCGACGAGUAACAGGCCCAGUGUGUACGUACGUGCAUUUGAUCCCUGUGUGAGUGAUUGUGUGUGUGUGUGUGUGCAUGUGUGUAUGUGGUUGGAGAAAAUGUGCAACAAAUGAAUGAGGAGCACCAGUAGCAGCAGCAGCAGCAGCAUCAGUGGUUCAAUGUCGUACGUGCCCCAUUUAGAUCCAUCAGCUGCCGCGCAUGAGACCGCCAAUGACAGCAUCACAUCCGUGAAGUCACUUCCCUUUAGCGUCACCAGCGUUACCGUCAGCGGUGGAAAAUAAGGACGAACUCUAGAUUGCUGGCAGAGCCGCAAGGGCAAGGGAGAACGGAUCGGAAACCAAACGACGGAUAGCGGAGACAGGAUCCCGCUGCAACACAAGGGAACGUACGUCAUCAACCUACCGAACAGCCACACGCUCGAGGGGAUCGCUGCGGCGGAAUUUAACAUUUCAAAAUGCUUCCAGCAAACGUAAUGUCGUUCAUGAAGAAGAUGGUGGCCACCGACGAGGCAUCACAUCAGCAGCCAUCGAUGGAGAACACGGGUGCGUUCGGGAAGCUGAAGCAAACCCUUUCCACAUCGCUGCUGACGGCACAGGACAGAGUGAACAAAAUGUCCCCACGCCCCUCGCUGGUGCCGGACGCGACCGACACAACGCCACAGGACGAUCCGUACAAGGAGGCGGCCACCCUCGAGAAGGUGCCGAGCGAGGGCAACAAGUUCAACACACGCUCCGGUUCGUGCCGGAUAUGCCUGAAAUCGUUUAAACCGAACGACUUCAAAAAGACCUGCGUCGAGUGUGAUCAGAAGGUUUGCGAAGACUGUGCCAGCUACAGCAAACUGCAGGACGCGGAAGACUUGGAUCUUUGGCGGUGUAGCGUGUGUCGGCGAAAGAUGGCGUCCCGCAUUUGCAUACCACAAGAAUCGACCGACUCCGCGCUGGAGGUGCCGGUAAUGGAGACGCUUCAGCGACGCCACUCCGACAUCAAGCUAGGCUUCAAUCAGCAUCUGGACGAUGGGAAGGGUUCGGCACUGGCCCCACCGCGCAGUCCCGAGCUCCGACGCCAUUCGGACGUUUCGCCGGCGUCGCUGAAGGAGCUGGAAAAGCUGAAAGGUGUACAGAACCCGAAGAACGAUAUGGACUGGCGCAAGGGACACAGUGCCGCACCGAGCCGAUCGUCUAGCCCACCGGGCGGUCGGAAGGAGAUGGAGCUGGGGACGCCACGCGUCUUCUCCCGCCGGCCCUCGACCAAGAUGUCACGCCAGCGAAGCUACGACGAUGAGUUUAAAACGAUGAGCUCGGACACGAACCUGGCCGAGGCGGGCCUCAAUCUGCCACCGCCGAUGCCGCGACGCAAGUCGGCGUACGACGUGUACGCACCGGGCGUGCUGGUGAACGCGAUGCAAUCGGUCAAGCUAGCGCCGGACGAUCCGGAGAAGAUGAGCACAUCGCGCCGCUCCUCGAUGAAGAUGAUGGCGGACGGGAACGAGUUCGGGGCGGACGACCAUACGGUGGCGGACAUGAAGGCGGCCGGACUGAUCGUCGACGACGAUCGACGGCACAAGCGGCGUGGAUCGCAGCUACCCGACAUUCCGGCACUGAAGGACAAAGCUGCCCAGAACACUGCGAACAUAUCAGUCUAUCAGUGUCCGGCGUUGGAGGAUCUGGAAGCUCCCAAGCGGCAGACCUCGCUCGAUGGCGAAGGCAUAAAGAUCGUGAUACACGAUGCCGAUGCUGGACCGCUGUGUGCCGCCAAACGGAGCGUCCUGCUGCGAAGAGAUCCCUCGGAUAAGGCGCACAGAACACGAGGAUUCGGAAUGCGUGUGGUCGGUGGCAAAACUGGUGCUGAUGGGCGGCUCUUCGCGUACAUCGUGUGGACCGUACCGGGUGGACCGGCCGAGAAAGGAGGUCUCCAGCAGGGCGAUAAGAUUCUGGAAUGGUGCGGUACCUCGCUGACCGAUCGCAGCUUCGAGGAGGUGUGCGCCAUCAUGGAUCGUACCGGAGACACGGCCGAGCUGCUGGUCGAGCACGCCACCGACUUUAAGAUGUGCGAGCUGUUGGACGAGGGCGGCAUGGGCAUGAACGUGGGAGGCUCGACCUACAGCAGCAGCAAUUCGACACGAGCUUUACCGGACACUAAUGUGCAUACGCUAGGAUCAGAAAGUGAAUCGACGGUGGAUAAAUCGCCCUCCUCGCCGACGAGACGCAAAUUGCCUAAAACACCGGAACAGAUAGCAAAGGGCAAGUUAGUGUCCGGUAGGGUUCAGGUGCAUGUUUACUAUCACGGCGAGCGAAACGAGCUUGUCGUUUCGGUGAUGGCUGCCGAUGACCUGCCGGAGCGCGAUGAAACGCUGGGCUAUGGCAUGUAUCCGGAAGCCUAUGCGUCGAUCAAGUUGCUACCCAAAACGAACGAAUCGCAUGUCGCCCAGACCGAAGUGUCCACUCCCUCUCUGAAUCCCAUUUGGAACGCGACCAUUACCUUCCCGGACGUGUUCAGUGACAAUCUGUUAGACCGUAAGAUCGAGAUCGUGCUGUACGAUCUGUUGCCCCACUCGGAGCCCAUCUUUCUCGGCGAAUGUUCGGUGAAGCUGCAGAAAGCCUGCCUGGACGAUGUGGCCGUCUGGUACCGGCUCGAGGAUCCGAACCAUCUGCGCGGUUCCGGACCGGCAUCACAACCGCCGACCAACUCACGCCUUCGCCGCCGCUCAACCACCACCUCCCAGAGCUCGAUCGACGAAAGCUCGGUCGGUUCGUUUGGGCGGUACGGGAGUUUCGAGGGUGGGGGAGCGAGUUCACGCUUCCAGCGCUCCAUCUCGGACGAUGUGGACAGUCUGGACGAGAGCCGCUAUCUGCUCCAUCCGAACUGGUCCGUGUCGGGGAGUCGCCGUGGUUCGACGCAGUCCGAAAUACAGAUGCAAACGCUCGAGGUCCACCAGCUCGGCAAGGAUUACUCGAAAUCGUUGCCCGGCUCGCGACGAUCCUCGUUUCAGGACUCGAAGGAUCAGCUGACGGUGGGAGUGCCGGCGUCCCACUACACGCGCCGCUACUCGACGGGACGUACCGGGGGCACGGGUGCAGGGACGGGCGGGCGUGAGGAUCCACCGGUCCGGAAGCUUUCGUUCGGUGGCACGAUCGGAGGGAUCGGAAGCAGUAGCGGUGGUGGUGGUGGUAGCGGAUCGCGGACUGAAUUUAUGCGCACCAUGAGCCUUUCCCGGGAGCUGGACAUGAAGAAUCGCAAAAAGAAGCGACUCUUCUCAUAAGGAACACUGCAAUGCAACGCAACGAAGCUACUAGCACGUAUUAGGCGAACGAAAACAUAGAACGACCCGACACAACGGAACAAGCACAAUCAAGCAAAGCGCUCCACUAACAUGGCGACGAGGCGAGUCGUCGUUGUUGCCACCGUUCACACAAAUGGUUUUGAAACUUUGACAAUGAAGAGUAUAUGCGAAUAUGUUGAGGAUGAUAAGGAUGAUGAUGAUGCUGAUGAUGAUGAUGAUAGUUGUGAUGGUUCACACCAUAAAAAACACAUUGUUCUAAACUUUCACGACGCUAUCGGACGACGGAAGUUGGUAGUUUGCGGAUUACAACGUCAUUAUAUACAACAAUUCAUCAUCCUUCUCUUGUUUAUAGGGGUGUGCGUGUGUGUGUUUGUGUGUUUUUUGGCCGUGCGACCGUGUCGGCACGAUCCAUUUUACAAGAUUAUAUACAUACACGUAUAGAUAUAUACAUAUAUCAUGUUUUGUGUAGCAAAUAUUUCAAAAGUUUACAGAAUAUCACUUUCAACGCAUGUUACUUACGUAGGAGAACGUAAAAGAAAAACCAACCAAAACAACCGAAAACGAAAUAAACAACCACAAUUCCGGUAAAUUAACUCGUUU